CGCGAUGACGCGCGAGGGAGCGUUCUUCAUAUCCGAUGAUUGAAUGAUGAAACGCAGUUGGAGGUUGUCACAAAUAUAUAACAUAGUUCCGGCGUACCGAGGAAACGAUGAUCUAAUCCAGGUGAUUCUCCUCCUCUGUGCAGUAGCAGCCAGUGGUCAGUUCUUCCAACCUUUUUUCCCUUUCUUCCCCUACUUUCCCUUCCGUUACAACUUUGGACUACCAGGUUUUGAGGAAUAUGCUGCAUCUUUAGGCGGAGCCAAGGUUGGUCUGUAUGGAAGAUCUUCUGGUUUUGGUGGGCCUUUCUUGCCCCCCUUUGGACCCUUUGGGAGAUUAGGAGGCUCUGAAGUGACAGGAGCCUCCCUGGCGGGAGCUAAAGUCGGCAUCUAUGGUAAAGAAAACUCUCAAAGAAGCGUCUAUGGAUAAAAAAAAAACACUUCCCAUGAACGACUGGAAGAUGAUGAACUGACAAGAAAGGAAUUGAGCUUAUGAAGAAAAGUGUAAAUAGGAAUGUAAAAUUCAAUAAAUGAAUGG